GUGAGAUAUACAUACCUUCCUAAGAGCAAAUAAUUCAACAGACCUAGCGAGACCAGGGUAACACGGUAUCGUUUCCGUCUGAAUGGGAUUUUAGUGAGGUGCCAUUUUUUACAAUCCAGGUACCCAAAGUAGUCUAACUAUAACUAUAAGUAACUUGAUGCUACUGCUAAUUUGGUCAUACACAGCACUGUCAGCGAGCUCAUGCCCUGUAUUGUGGACCAAGUAUAUGUAUCAGAACUUUGCGAUGCAGCUUAAUGCUAUCAACCCAAUUGCAACGCAUCCUUUGUGUAACACCGAUUCAAGACUGCGCCCAGAUAUACGAUAUCUCGAAGAAGGUGAUGUAACAGCCGCAUCAGCUCAAAAAAACCGCUUGGAAGAAAAACAGCGUGGUGCGGAACUAUCACGGAAAGGACAAAAUAAUGCGUUAUGGCAGCCCCGAUGGUUCAAAUUCCAUGUCAAUCCUUUAACAAAACAUGAAGAUUGGAUGUACACUGGAGGUUAUUGGGAAAGAAGCCAUGAAACUACAUCCCAAUUUUUUUAAUGAAAUUUGUAAAAUUGCGUACUUGUACUUGUGUAAAACUGUUACUAUCGAUUAAAACUAGUUUUGUUUAAAUUAAAUUAAAGGACAGAAGGUACGCAGCUGAAAUUUGGCUAAGAGUGUCGUAAUGAAGUGUGAGCUAAUUUAUUUUAAACUAAUUGUGUAGUAGCUGGGUCAAACUUCGUCAAGUGAUCCAGAGAAAUUUCGUAAA